AGUUUCUCUGACAACAGAACGCUUGCCUGCGGCGAUACUGGAGAUGGUUAGUCGGCCCUGAAUGCAACUCUUUGUCAGAAGUAAACAGAAAAUGAAGUAGCUAACCUCGGAGCCAACAAUGCAAAACAGGCGCCAUGGCUUCUGUGCCUACCAUUUGCGAAGCCAUAGAGCAGAGAUUGGAUCUUGGCUCUUCAGCUCGCGAGUCACGACUAGUUGGGUAAUCGAGCUAGUCACAAGCACACAAUUAAUUCACAGCCUCGAAGCAAAAAGGCGUUCGAAAGUAGCAGUACCAUUCUUUAAGCCGCCUCACCUGUAAUGGACACCUAGCAACAGGCGAACUGAAGCUUGUUUGCUGUCCAAGGGUUCGUG